AUGUCUCUGCCAAGGGAAUUUAUAUACAACAAGGAGUUAUCCAAGCUGGAAGGGAAUAUCCUCGGAUCAUCAGCACCACCAACGUCGACAGCGCCAGUGUCCUGCUCCAUCGAUCUUCCAGGAGAUGCCAUUGCAGAGGCGGUGCUGUCCCCGGAGGCCGCAGGGUCCUUACUGUCGAUUCAAUCUGCGCCUCCAGAGCAGAGUGAGAGGAUUGAACAGAGGGAGCGACCUAUCAGUUUACUCUUAGAACUGCCGUUGGCUAAUCAAGUAGGCGCCUACCUUUCAGCGAUGUCGCCGACGGAGCAAGAAGAAGACUCUCUUCUUACGCUGUCCUCCGUCACAGCACGACCGCUGCUAGCUGCUUCUAGAAAACUGAGGCCGCAAAGCGAGAGCACAGACACAUCACCACCAGACGGCGGUUACGGCUGGGUGGUGGUAUUUGGUGCAUUCAUGGUGCAGUUCUGGGUGGCUGGACUAUUCAAGUCCUAUGGAGUCCUUUAUGUGGAGAUUAUGGAAACUUUCCCAGAUUCCUCUGAGAGUGUCGCUUCUUGGAUACCAGCUGCACUGUCCACUUUGUGCUUGGCGUUAGCUCCUUUAUCAUCAGCCCUUUGUGAAAAGUACUCCUGUCGUCUGGUCGUCUUCAUAGGCGGACUGUUCUGUGCAACUGGCCUUGCUCUCUCUUUCUUCAGUACUGGAUUGCUGCAUCUUCUACUUAGUUUUGGGGUUAUGACUGGUAUCGGAGGUGGAUUAUCUACUACUCCUGGCAUAGUAAUAGUAUCGCAGUACUUCGACAAACACAGAGCAUUGGCAAACGGCAUUUGUGUAAGUGGCACUGCUGCUGGAAGCUUCGUCUUUCCAAUGUUGAUAGAGAAAUUGGUGGGUGUGUAUGGGCUGCAUGGAACUGUUUUAUUAUUAGGUGGUGGGAUGUUACAUGUGUGUGUGGCAGCUACCCUUUAUCGUCCACCUCCCACGAUAAGGUCCAACACUCCAGUAACCACAACCACGACUGAGAAUACCACGCUGCUUAAUGACAUACAAGAUGGCAAAGCCCUACCAGCGAAGGACAACAAACUACAGAACCUUUUCCAACCAGAAAGCGAAAUAGCUAUGAACCAGAAAAAUGCUCUCCUCAACGAUGACAAACGAACUAAUUUCUUCAAUGAAAUUAUGCACCCAAGUUUGAUUGAGGUAGCGCGGCCACCUCUGCCUUGUCAGAUGUCUGAUUCAGAAGAUUCCGAAGGGAUGGACGUUUUAGGAGUUGUUGGCUUGCCCCGUGAAGUUGCCCGGCUGCGCCUGCGUCCAACACGCUCGUCGUCAAUCCUACACUCCGUGGAAGAUCUAUCCACAGACAGCACAUGCGUUUAUAAAGCGAGUCGAAGGAAGAUUAGCAGAUCGCUAUAUAUAAAGCCACCUUUGCCAAGUCGGAUAAUCCCUAAUAAAGUUCAGGAACCGGAGAUAUUAAAGAAAGACGAGGAAGAGAAGAAAGAAGAAUUGGAAGAGGUAAUAGAAAAGGGAUGUGUCGCCACAAUAUCAAGAUAUUUGGAUGUUUCCUUACUGAAGUCCUGGCGCUUCGGUCUCCUGUGUACGUCAGUAGCACUUAUGUCCUGUGGUUCUCCUUACGCGUUAUACUACUUACCAGCUUAUACCGUGGCCGUGGGACAUAGUAAGGCUGCAGCAGGUCGCCUUGUAGCCAUCAGCGCUGUACUAGAUCUAUGUGGCAGAUUAGGACUGGGGUGGCUGUGUGAUUUACAUCUAUUUUGCAGACGAAAAGCAUACAUAAUAAGCAUCAUCGUGGCUGGUGUGGCGGUAUUGACGCUUCCUAGUUUGACUUCUUGGUGGGCGUUAGCAAUUGCAUCUGGUGCUUAUGGACUAUGUUUGGGUUGCUGGUUCCUCCUUGUACCAGUUUUACUAGCUGAUGCAUUUGGAACAGCUCGAAUCGCCUCUUCAUACGGUCUUGUCAGGAUGUUCCAGAGUUUAGCUGCUGUUUCUGUACCACCGACUGCUGGCUUAAUACGUGACGUUACAGGCGGUUACUCAUACUGUUUCUACGGAAUGGGAUCCUGCAUGGUGCUAGGUUCUAUUCCUGUCAUAGCCUUUCACAUUGCUACGAAAAAGAAAGAGAAAGAAUGA